CAAGCUCUGUACCACUGAGUUGCGAUCGCUAUCCGUUGAAACUCGAGCGCGCAGGAAGAGUUCAGCACCGAAUCCCACCUGUUUGCGCCACUGACAAGUUUAAAAGUUUGAAAAAAUUGAAGUUUUGUGUUAAUAUUUCGUUCUCCUGGAAACAGUCUUCCGAGGGACUCGUAUACGAUAAAUUCGAAAAUGCUUCAACAACAUCAGAUAGUUUCAAGGAAAAGAAGUUGCGAUGAAGCUAUGAAUGGAUGUUCAGAGAAAAAGGAAAAAUUGCAUUCUAGAACAGAAAGAGCUGAGACAACCACAGCCAAACCAGACAAAGAAGAUGGCAUUGGAAUGUCCGUGGAAAUACGCACACAAGAACUUUACUCAAAAUACCCGGAUGAUGAGGGGAGUGAAAUUCUACCUUGCUGUAUACAAUCAUUUUUACGUAAAGACCUACGACUCAAGCCCGGAGAAGCGGACGGUAACCUCUUGAAGGUCCACAGAGAACAUGGGAGAAGUCCAAAAACAAUGACUGUACACUGCACAGGAACCAGUCAGAAUGAUAAACUAACAUCGUUCCUCAUGGAAAAAGACCAAGACACAAGCCAUCAAGUCUUUAGGUAUUGGUCUGGAGAGGAUAAUUAUUACCUGGCUGUAAGGAAGGCCCACCCUGAUGUUAUCUUUCGUAAACUUGAAAAAUUUUCCGGAAACGUUAAAUAUUUGUUCCGUGUCAGAGCAGUCAACAAUAACAAGGAGUACUACACAAUCCAGUCCGUAAAAAACGAUGAGUACCUGUACUGUGAUAAGGAUGGUAAAGUCAGUAUGAAGGCAGCAGGUGAAAAGAUGAGCAAUGGAGUACCUGAAGAUCGGGCUAUGUGGUUUUCCUUCUUAAGUGAUUCAGUCCACGUUCAGCAACAGGCGACGGUGUUUGCUCAGAUGGAGUGUUGGAGUGUUCCACGCAACGACUACGAAGAUACGGGAGAAAAGAAAACCACCGACCCUGAAAAGGGGCCUGCUGAUGACUCGGAAAAAGGAGCCCCGACUGGUCCAGAAGAACAGCAGAUAAAGGAUACUGACCAAGGUAAAAGGGAUGGCCAUGAAGGACUGGAGAAUGGAGACCUUGACCCGGGUAAACUAGAGCACCUUGCAGGAGGAAACUCUGAGGGCUUGAAGGAUGUGUGCGACGAAGAUCAAAGGGAAGGAGACUCCAGGGAAUCUGGGGAAGGAAACUCCGGAAAACCCAAGCCUGAGGGGAACUCCCAAAAAUCAUCAUAGGGUAACUCUGAUGAAGCAGAGGAGGAUAACGCUGUAAAUAAAGAGAAGCUUACUUCAGUGUAAAACCAAAGGUGGAAAAUGAAGUAGUAAGAAGAGUUUGUUAGAUACUUGAAGGCGUGCACGAGUUUGAAGUUGUUAGCUGAAGAGGCGAAGUACAGCCUGAGGGUUGAUCACAUAAUUAAGGGGCUAACCAUGAGAAAACCAUGCCAAAGGUGCUACAGUGCACAUCACAGAAUUAGCUCAAACUUUCCACAUAGGCAUAACAUGGUGAAGUAUUGGUAGAUAUGGUAUUAGUUUAGUUCAAGCUUCUUUCUUUUCUUGUUUUUCAGGGGGGUACGGUACCCUUGAACAGCCAAAUCUACACUGAAAUAUGUUCAAAUUUUGUGUUUUUUUCAAUGACAAUAUUUCUGGCAAAUUGUACAGCAAUCCAGGUGAAACAAAAUUCUCACAAACUACUAUGUAUACACUAUUAAACAAUGACAACAUAAUUAGUGUGACUCUUCUUUGUUACAUUUUCCAUAGCAUUAUUUCACAUGUCAUAUGCUAAUGAGAAAAAUUAUGCAAAUUUCUUGAGUUUUUAAAAAAAAGUUUAAAAGUUUUCGCAGAGCUUCAAGUAAAAUGAAAUGCUUGAUACUUUA